AGACGUUCAUUGCAUACAUUAAUUACAUUAUAAUUUAUAAAUCCUUUAGUCGUUAAGAAACCGAUUCGUUUGAUUUAUUUUGCACCAUCUUUUAACGUUGUAAUCGUUUGGUUUUGUUUUGAUUAUAAUAGUUUUUCAAUAUUUUGUAAUACAAAAAUUACGGAAAAAUAAAUAUAAAAAAUGUAUAUUUUUAACAUAUGUACAUAAUUUUUCAUGUAAACAAUUUGGUCAGUUCCCGCCGUUCCUUGGAUCUGGAUCAGGGGCCGUGCAAUCCGGAAGAUAUAAAUGAACCAAAACCAAAUCCAACAACUUACCACUCACCUAUCUCAGGCACUUGAUCAGAACUACGAUGUCGUCAAUAUGGAGGCAGUGCUUUCUGUUAUAUGUGCAUUGGAAGGCACAACAAUCACCAAGGAACAACUGGAGGCCACCAGAUUGGCCAAAUACAUAAAUCAACUCAGACGAAGAACCAAGAAUGAAUCCCUUGCUCGACGUGCAAAGUCCUUGCUAAAAAAGUGGCGAGAAAUGGUGGGAAUUCAGCAAUCGGCUACAGAAAAUAUGCAACAUCCCAGUCAAAUUCCUUCCCUGCCAACUCAGUUAUCGUCAAAUUUUGUGAAGUCCGACGCGGCAGCCCCAGACAGUCACUUAAGCGAGUCAGUAGAACAUUUUCCGUUCUCGCAAUCACUGCCAUCGAAGCAAAUUAUUUCUGACGAGCAAUCAAAUGCCGACCUUUCCGAGCCUCCGCCAUUAAGUGUGCACACACAGGCUCACACAAACUUCUUAAAUCUUGUUAAUAAUUGCGAACGUGAUGAAAACAACUCUUUAACAACAGUGCACAGUCGUAAGGAGCGACGCCAAUCGCAGCCUAUUUUAAAUAGGCAUAAGGGAUCUCCUCAACCGUCUUUGAAUUCCGUUUUAAAUUUAAACAAUGUUAGUACCGAGAAGAUAAACGAAGCUUCAGUUGUGAUCGACAUUGUAUCAGAUUCUGAUGAAAAUGACAACCACUAUGCGCCGAAACGAGAAAAAUCCAAUUUGAAUGUCCCCGUGCCUCUUGUAGUUCCAACCACACCGAGUUCUCGACAGAAAAAAUUAAAAAAGGAAAAAAAAAGUAAAGAUAGAGACGGCCAAAUCGGACAAAACUUAAGAUUCGGUGCGAAAGGCAGCGACGGUUUGCUACAGUCGACACUAGCACCAGAUUCAGAAAUUUUUUCCCUAUCGAACAGUUCUAUAAGUUCAAUUUUAUCUGGAGAUGCUACAUUGGGUAAUUCGCAGCAUAAAACUCGAUUAAGCUCCAGCGAGUUGACAUUUACUGGCAGAUUUAAAUCAGUUAAUCAACUAGACGUUUUAAGCCAGAGUAAUUCAGGCUUUUUGGCGGGACACAACAGUGUGUUUCAAAGCAAUGAGUCAGGAAAACAAAAAUUUGAUGAUUAUAAUGCUUACGACUCAAGUGCAUCAUGUAGUCGCCUAUCUCCCUCAACUGUAGAGGAGGUGAGGAAACCUGAAAAUGUAAUUGAUGCGCGGUUACACAAUGUAACUGCAACUCAGAUGCCUAUGCCUACUGCUGGUAUAGGGUAUGAUCCAAAUAGCAGGCCUGAGUAUUUGGAAAACUUUUGUCAAUCUCAAAUUCCAAAAAGACGUGGAAGGAAAAAAGGAUCUAAAGGUGUGGACGCUGUUAUUGCCAAGGAGUCAUCGAGUUUGUCUCAGCAAAUAUUUUUUGGUGGCUCAACUGUUAAAAAGGUAAAGACAACCAAGGAACUCUUCAAUGAAAUUCAGAGCAGAAAAUUAAGUGUUUCAAUGCAAUCGUCAACGAGUAAUCUUUCAAAUUCGUCUACAAAUCGAGAACUUGCUACUCGUACAACUUUUCCAAGACCAACAUCGUCUUGUUCAGAUACAUCAAUGCAUUCUCCACAAAUUUUGGAAACAUAUUCGGGAAAUGCUACUUUUAAAAGCAAAGUAGAAGAUCCUGCAAAUACGGAUAGUGAUACUGUCACCUCAGAACCAUCUCACGAUAGUAAUAAAUCACAAGAAAUUAAGGAAUGUACUUCAGUGGAAAGCAAUAGCAACUCUAUUCAGACCCUGCCUUUAGAACGAAAUUUGAAAAACUUGAUGCCGAAAAAUUUACAUGAUAUUACCACUCAACUAAUGCACCUAAUUAACAGUUUAAACAGCCCUCUGAGUGAAUUUGAGAUUGAGAAACUUUACCAAGCUCAAAUAGUACCGUGUACUUGCAUAGUUAUCGAAGAAGUUCAAAGUACAGUUGGAGAGUUGAUUUCAACAUCAGAUAUUGAUACGAACGAUCCAAAAACUAUUUUAAAUCAUAAAGAGAACAUUUCUCGCCACAAAAAUGAAGAAAAAUUGUUUUCUGUGGAACGUUCGGAUAAUGAAGAAGUAGGUGCCACUCAACCAAAACCAGUAAAGUCCAUAUUUGAUCUAGAUUUCGAUGAUAACGACGAUCCCCUGCAUUCUAUAAUGGAUGAAAUCCAAAAACCAAUUAUUAAGGUGGAGGAAAUAAUAAAAAAAAGCUCAGAUACCAAAAACGUAUCGGUUAUUUUAUCUACAAAUAAUGAUUCCCUAAAUUUGAUAAAUUUUAACGCCGAUGCUCAGCUUGACAACUCCAAUCAAGAAAUAGAAAGCAGCGUAGUUCUUCCUGUUUUCACAGUUCACGAAGAUCCCGAUUGCGUAGCAAAACAAAGAUUUUAUGUUCAAACCAACAAAGUUAACAACUUCCACAUAAAUGCAUUGCAUAAUUUCUAUAUACCAAACAUAAACGGUAAUUGGGAUAGUGUUGAUUCAUCUUCUAGUUUUCAAUCAGAAACCAACGUUGAUCAUAUCUUAAAGUCAUACACAGUGACUAACGGAGCUGAUGUAGUUCCCAAAUAUGGACUUCUUACAUCAGAUCGAAUAAGAAAAGAUCUGAGUUCUUUAAAAUUUAUUAAACCUUUUAAGGCGAAACCUUAUAGAUGUUAUAUGACACCGUUUCUCGGCGUUGCAAAGUGUUUACCAACGUGUCGUCGUGCUCGUCACAGGUUUAAAGAGUGGGUAAAGUCAUCGUCUACUCCUGAUGCGAUUUCGAAAAGUGUUGAAGGGCCCGAAAAUAACAUAGAACAUAAAAGUUCCAGUCCGCUGAAGGUUAAUAUUGAUGUUCCGAUUACUGGUAUGAAUAGCCAUAAUGAAAACUACGUGCCAAUGAAAGUCUAUUCCAACAUCAAAAAAUCGCCAUUGUCUAACUCAAUUUUUGAUUCGUGCUCCGAAAAUGAUUUCAGCUAUAAUUUAUUAAAACUGGCUAAUGGUGAAGCACAGUUUGGAGAUGCUGAAGUAAGCGACAAAAGCAGCGACCAUGAAUCCCAGGAUAACAGUCCCUACAGUGAUAGUAUUUCCAGUACCUGUAGUUAUUACAGUUUAAAAGAAACUCAAGACUCCAUAAAUAAAAAGCUGCGAAAUCAUAGGACUCAGUCUACCGUCACAAAAUUAGAGACAACUCGAAAAAAUAAAAAAAUAAAUGCGAUGGAUUUUACGAUAAACAAGAAACGUGAACGCAAUGAAUUUAAUGGGCCAGUUAAACGGAUUAGGAUUGCCUUGAAUGGCACCUUUUCAAAUCCGAGUAGUAAUAAUAACAGUAGUGAUAGUGACAAUGAAGCAGAGAAUGAAUUUGAAAACGGCAAUAACGAAGAGUAUGCAGUUGUACAACGCUCAAUAGGGGAUGGUGAAGCUUGCAGCAAUCAUAUUGUAUUGACAAUAAAAAAAACUCCAAGUAAAAUUAACUCUCCAGCAAACUCAAUGACUGCAGUUUCGCCAAAUACAAAUUCAGAUAUGGUAAACGUAAAAAAAACGAUUCCCAACUCUAAUCAGGAACAUACAACUAUAUCACAAAAUACAAAUGAAAUUUCACUGAAAAAAGACAAUUUAAUAUCGAAAACGAGCAAGCUGUCCCCUCGACGCAGGCAUUACCGCUAUCGCCGCACAUGUCGAAAACACCAUAAACGUCAAAGUAAGACUAUUGAUUUAGAACUAAAACAUUUGUUCCAUUGUAAACCAAAGUCAACAGAUUCUUCUUCGGAUACAAAGCUUCAUCAUAAACUGUUUUUCCCCCAGGAAUUGUGCAGGGAGAACUCUGCAGGUAGAAAAGAGAGAGUAUUAAAUUAUAGCAGUAGCAGCAGCUCAAGCUUUGACGAUGAUAGCGAAGUGGAAAAUACCUCCUCAAAGGGGGAAGAAGAAGCAAAAACACUUUCAACGUUUGAUAUAUGUAAUUUAAAUAUUAAGACUGAAACGAGUGCCGCAGCAUCGGUUUCGGAAGUACAAUUUGAAAGCGAUGAAGAUUCAUGUUUAACUUUAUUAAGCGAUGGCGAUUUAGAUGAACAAGAAGUAAUUCAAGAAGUUUCCGACACCGUGAAACUCGUUGAUGAACUGAACGAUUUUCGAAACAACAGCAUGCUGCAAUCUUUUAAUUCAUUAUAUGCUGAUCGUCUGCUAACGAAACCAAAGGCGGUUCCUGAAGUCAGUAUGGAAACGUCCCCGCCCCUAGCAUCGCUCGAAUUACUAAGAAAUGAGAAUUCUGAUGUUAGUAAUAGUAACAAUAACCACUUAGGUGUAGAUUUAAGCAAUGAAUUCAGUAACAAGAGACGGUAUUCUAUCGAUUCUGCAGAGUCAACGAUUAAAUUGCCAUUAAUCGGCGUAGAGUACCGCACUGGGAUUCGAUCAUCUUCAGACGCUGCACCUACCAGAAUUCAACAAUUUCAAGAAUGGCAUCAAGUUCUCCAAUUAAAAUCCUACAACAAUGAGCCCUUAAUCGUUCUGCCUUACGUUUUGCUUGAAUAAAUUCAACGUUUUACUCGCGCUGUGUGAUAGCAUAUCCAAAACAAAAAGAAGAAAAUGUAAAAGCGUGUUGCGAAAUAAACAUUUGAAAAAUUAUUAUCAUUUUAAUUAAAAUCUUGUGUUGUGCAUACUUAGUCAGUUUUGAUUAGUUCACAGCACUUUUGGUUAAUUAGAAGUUAGCCAGGACUAAAAAAAUAAACUAUAAAAGAAAAAAUAGUUGCGUACGAAAAAUGAAUUUUUGUUACAUUUUACUGUUAAAACAAUUUUAUAUGAUAUUACUUUUUAAAUUUUCAGUAAAUAUUUAAAUGUAAGAAACAAAAACUAAUGUAACAUAACUGUAAAUAAACUAGCUUUACAAUAAACAAGUUUCUCAAUGAA